CUAAGCGAUAAAAAAUACAGAUAAUCAAUUCUGACUCAAAACAAAGACCUUGCUAUUGCAUCGGAAAGAGUUGACUGCAAACAAGGUCCAUAAACACGCAGCUAACUACGACCAGUUAUUGCAAUUAUCACAAUAUCAACAGUAUUUAUAAAGCGUUCGACUAACAAUCAAUUGCGUUUAGCAAAAAAAAGCAAAUAAACAAAAAAUAAUGGAAAUAUUUGCAAACCAAGAAAUUGAAAGUGAUUUGAAUCUAUUGCAACAAUGGUUUGAGGAUCAUGAAAAAUUACCCAAGAAAAUAGAUCGCAUUUACUUGGCCAGAUUCUAUUAUCGCUCCGACAAAGAUGUUGAAGCGACAAAACAAUUGUUGCUCGGUCAUUAUGAUAUUCGCAAGAAAAAUUCAAAAAUUUUCUUUAACCGUGAUCCAGAUAGUCAGAAUGCUUUAAAUACCGCUGAAUUUGUACAUUUUGUUACACUGCCUGGCCUGACCCCGGAUAAAAGUCAAGUAAAAUUGAUUAAAUUAAAAAGUUCCGAUACAAAUGAGGUUCACUUUGCGGAGGACUUGGCAAACCUCAUUAUGGCUCAUGAUGGUGCUGCUUCAGAUGCCGAUUUGAUGAUCGAUGAUGUACCCUAUUUCGCUGAGAGUUUAAUACAAAUUGUGGACUUGGAUGGUGUUUCAAUGAAACACAUGACACAUGUCUCGCUGUCACCAUUACUUGCAUUUUCGAAAUUUAUGCAAAAAUAUUGUCCGGUCAAGAUUACAACAAUCCACCUUAUAAAUUGUCCGGCCUAUGUGAAUAAUAUGUUUGCCGUGGUCAAACCAAUGCUGCGUAAGGAAACUAUUGAUAAGGUUCAUUUUCACGUCCACACUGUAGAAAGUCUCUUUGAGUUUGUUCCCCAGGAUAUGAUGCCUGCAGAGUAUGGUGGUAAGGCAGGCUCGGUUGAUGAUUUAUCCGAGGAAAUGCAAAAUUCCUUACGAAGCAAAAGGGAUUAUCUCAUUGACCCAAAUUACUGGACUAUUACGAAAAAGUCUAAAUAAAUUUGAGACACAUUGAAAUCUCAUUAGAUAACUUCAAAAAAAUUAUGCAAAAAAAUAUUUUAAAUAAAAAAUCGGAAAAACU